AGCUGUGCACAUCAUGAAUUGUAUACAAUUCGUAUUGUUAUUAUUUUGGCAUUAUGCAUUAGCUACAGCUGUGCCAGAUGCUCCGAUUGUGCAGCUACCAAAUGGCAAAUUACUUGGCAAGGGCAACGGUGAUCAUUACAGUUAUGAGUCGAUACCUUAUGCGGAGCCACCGCUGGGUGAACUACGAUUUGAGGCUCCCAAGCCCUACAGACGCAUGUGGACUGAAACUUUUAAUGCAACUGAAGCACCAGCGGCCUGCAUGCAAUGGAGCGAGUUUGCUAACAAAUCAGACAGACUAUUAGGCAUCGAGGACUGUCUUGUCGUAAGCGUCUAUGUGCCAAAGAACAAAAAUAUAACUAAAUUUUCUGUUGUGGCGCAUCUGCAUGGCGGCAGUUUUAUGUUCGGCAAUGUGCGCAUUUAUGGACAUAAGAAUCUAAUGGCUAACAAUUUGAUUAUGGUUAAGAUCAACUACCGCGUGGGGCCAUUGGGCUUCCUGAGCACAGAGGAUAAGCAGAUGCCUGGCAACUUUGGCUUAAAGGAUCAGCGCUUGGCGCUGCGCUGGAUAAAAAAUAAUAUUGCGCACUUUGGCGGAGAUCCAGAGAAUAUACUAGUAACUGGAUUAUCCGCUGGCGGUGCUUCAGUUCAUCUACAGCUGCUGCAAAAGGAGUUUGAACACUUGGCCAAGGCAGCAUUUUCGAUAAGUGGCACUGCCUUGAAUCCCUGGGUGGUGCAAUCAGCUGCUAGGGAACGUGCCAUUAAAAUGGGCAGCAUUUUGGGCUGCGGUACUAACAUUGACUCUACCGUAUUGAAAGCGUGUUUGAAAUCAAAAGAUGCUGAGCAAAUUGUCAGAGCUGUGCAGCACUUUUUUGUAUUUAAUUACGUACCCUUCAGUCCGUUUAGUCCAGUCAUAGAGCCAGCAGAUGCAGAUGAAGCUUUUCUUACCCAACACCCAAUUGAUAUUAUCAAGAGUGGAAACUUUGCGCAAGUGCCUUGGCUAGCAUCUUAUACCAAAGAGGACGGUGGCUACAAUGCGGCUACGUUUUUAGAGAAACAAAGCAAUGGCGUUGAGCUCAUUGAUGUGCUCAACUCGCGUUGGACUGAGCUUGCUCCUUAUUUGCUUUUUUACUGGUACGCGCUGAAUACAACAGCUGAAAGGAAUGACUAUGCGAAUAAAUUGAGACUGGAGUAUAUGGGUAAUCGCAAUUUCAGCUUUGAGAGCUACACGCAUAUGGAACGCAUAUUUACCGAUGUGUUAUUCAAAAAUGGCACCGAGCACGCGCUGCAGCUGCAUGCCAAGUACGGCAAGAGUGCAGUCUAUGGCUACAUGUACGAUAAUCCCGCUACAUAUGGACCUGGUAAUAUAUUAUCAAAGCGUAAAGAUGUGCAGUUCGGCACUAUACACAGCGAUGAUUGCUUUUUAAUAUUUCCCAAUGAAAUUCGUCCACGGCCGAUUCGUGCGGACGAACAAGUUAUUGCUCACCACUUUGUUAAAAUGUUUGAGCAGUUUGUUUCACGGCAGAAUGAGAGUUUGAAAUUCAGCAACUGUGAGUUUCCAAAUAAUGUUGGCCAGCAAGAACUCAAGCUUUUGUACAUAACGUCAAAGGAUUGUUAUAGCAUGCAAGUUGACUUGCCUGACACAAACUAA